CGCCCAUGGCGGGCCGGGGCCAUGCAUGCACCAACGAACUCUACCUAGCAUCCGCCAUUCCCCGUCCCCACCCUUCUUCUUCCCCUCUCCAUUUCACCCUCCCCCCAACAAGGCCGUCUCCCUGGUACGUACGUAGGUGGUGGUGCAGCCGCGCUCGCUCGCCCGGCCGGCCGCCGUCCCCGCUAGCUAGCUAGCUAGCCGGUGUGAUCGAUCGACGAAAUAAGGCGACGACGACCAACACCCCCGCCGUCCCAUGUCCGCGACGGCCGACGCGGCGGCGGAUGGCGCCGCCUCGACCCCGACCUCGCGGGCGCCCGGCAUGGCGUCGUCGGCGUCGCUCCGGCACCGCGCCAUGAGCGCCUCCUCCAAGAUGCUCCGCAGCUCGCUGAGCCGGCGGUCGGGGCGGCAGCGCAGCAGCAAGGUGAUGUCGGUGGCCAUCGAGGACGUGCGCGACGCCAAGGAGGCGGCCUCCGUGGACGCGUUCCGGCAGACGCUCGUCCUGGAGGAGCUCCUCCCGGCGCGCCACGACGACUACCACAUGAUGCUCCGCUUCCUCAAGGCCCGCAAGUUCGAGAUCGACAAGAGCAAGCAGAUGUGGUCCGACAUGCUCAAUUGGCGCAAGGAGUUCGGCACCGACACCAUCAUGGAAGAUUUCCAAUUCGAGGAGGUGGAGCAGGUGCUGGAGCACUACCCGCAGGGGCACCACGGCGUGGACAAGGACGGCCGGCCAAUCUACAUCGAGAAGCUGGGCGCCAUCGACACCACCAAGCUGCUGCAGGUCACCAGCAUGGACCGCUACGUCAGGUACCACGUGAGGGAGUUCGAGAGGGCCUUCGCCCUCAAGUUCCCGGCCUGCUCCAUCUCCGUCAAGCGCCACGUCGACCAGAGCACCACCAUCCUCGACGUCUCCGGCGUGGGCUACAAGAACUUCAACAAGGCUGCGAGGGAUCUCAUCGGCCAGCUCCAGAAAAUCGACGGGGAUAACUUCCCUGAGACCCUGUGCCGGAUGUUCAUCAUAAACGCCGGUCAGGGAUUCAGGCUCCUGUGGAACACCGUCAAGUCCUUCCUUGACCCCAAGACCACAGCCAAGAUCCAUGUUCUCGGCAACAAGUACCAGAGCAAGUUGCUGGAAGUCAUUGAUCCCAGUGAAUUGCCCGAAAUGUUUGGGGGCACUUGUGUAUGCGAGGGCGGAGGUUGCAUGCGCUCCGACAAAGGACCGUGGAAGGACCCUGAAAUCAUAAAGAUGGUGCAAUGUGGCUUGGGGAGAUGCGGAAUGAACAACUCGGACCCUGCCAGCGCCGAGGAGAAGACUAUCACCGAGGACGACGCUGCGCCGGCUGUAAAGAAGCAAGAGUCGAUGCGCCGUGACGGCGUCGACUCUCCCAAGGUGGCGCACGACAAGACCGAACACCCGCCGCAUAUGGCUCCCCUCCAUGAGGUGCCAAAUGAAGAGACCAAGGAUUCGCAGGCUGCUCCUUCCGGCAAAGAGGGGGGCUCCGCGCCCUACGACGAGCUCUUCCCCAUGGCGGACAAGGGCAUGGAUUUCAACUGGAAAGGCGAGAUGAGCGCGGAGAAGCUCGCCAUCGCGAGAGAUAUGUACGCGUCGCUGCCGGACGCGUACAAGCACGGCGACGCGGGGGACCGGCAGGUGGUGACGGGGUUCAUGGCGUUCGUGAUGGGGGUGGUGGCCAUGUUCCGGGUGGGCAAGAUCGCGCCGAAGCGCGCCAUGGACGCGGCCAUGGGCAUCGCCACCAUGGAGGCCAUGGCCCAGAACCGCAAGCUCCUGAAGGCCCAGGGACAGGGCGGCCCCGGGGGCCCGGUCGUGGUGGCGGGCGUGUCGACGGCGCAGUUCGAGGCGCUGGCGAAGCGGGUGGGCGAGCUGGAGGAGAAGGUGGCCGCCCUUGGCUCGCGGCCCACCGAGAUGCCAGCCGACAAGGCGGAGCAGCUCGCCGCCGCCGCCACCCGGCUCGACACCCUCGAGGCCGAGCUCGAGUCCACCAAGAAGCUUCUGGAGACGUCGAAGGGGCAGCAGGAGGAGGUGCUGGCAUACAUCGAGAAGAAGAAGAAAAAGAAGGGGAUGCAGAAUCCAUUCCGUUGGUGAGGAGAAGAUCGCUGACCGAUGACUGCGGCGACGGCCGGCGACUGCAGGGGGGAGAAGGGGGAGCAAAGCAAGAAAGAGAAAGAGAGAAAAAUGCAGAAAGAAGGAUACAUACAUACACACUUACAACCUGGAAUGCCGAGGCUGAAUUGUAGUACCACCACAUUAGGCCACAAGAUUUUGUAUUUUUGUUUAUCUUCGGAGCAGAGAUCGAACUGUUUCAUGUGAAAUUAGUCGCAGCGCUCCGAGCAGGCAGGUCCUAGCUAUGCCGAUCCCGUCUUGUUGAAACAUAUUUUCUGUGUGUUUAGAAGAAUUGUAAGGCCUUUGUCUUUAUGAA